UUGUCAGAGUUUCUGUUUCACAGGAAGUGAGAAGAUGGAGGAAAACAAACAGCAGUGUGCCGCAACAGGAGCAGUGUUUACUGACUGGGCAGAGAGCAUGCAUAAGAGUUCCAGUGACUGUGUGAGCUUAAAUGGAGCUGAUCUUCACAUACAGGAGCAUGUUUGUGAACCUCAGGAAUGGUCUGAAAUGUCUCAGGAAAAAUCUGUAGAUGGAAUAAAGGUUCAAGAGCAGUCACGAUUUAAGGAUCUGCCUCGAGAAAAGCUUCCAGCUGGAGAACUGAUUCAAGAAAAGCAGGAACCUGUGGAACAGCUUACAGGCAAAGAGAGCAUGGAGCUUUGCUGGUACUGCAUGAAAUCUCAUUCUCUGGCAGAGCUCAACACACCACAGACUGAUUUGAAGAACAAGGUUUUAAUGCCUCCCUAUGGUGGAGAUCCUUUGAGCUAUCAGCAAGACCCCAGGCCUCAUUUUGGAGUGGCACACUCUUCACGCUCAACAUCUUUCCCCCUGUGGGGCAGUGAGGGACACAGGGCGCUGAAGCAGGAGCCUGGGGAGGAUGAGAGGAACUCGAUCAGCAACUGCCCUUACUGCCAUCUGGGACUUCCUCUUGAUACACUACGCUGGCAUUCGGAAAAAUGUCUUUUAUUUGAAGGAUCUGGGAAUGACAUAUGAAUUCAAAUGUCAAACAGAAAGGGGAAUCAGAUUUAUGCUAUGCUAAACAACCUCAAAAAGUCUAUUAUAUACAAAUUUUCCAUUCUUUUCAGUCAUCAUUGGGUCUAAGAGAAGCCCCAGAAUUUUUGAUCAAGUUGGUAAAAAUGGACAAAAAAAAGAUUUUUUUGUUGUUGUUGCCAAGUAACUUAAAUUUACACUGAAAUUAUAACAUCCUAACAAAUUUUAUUUAAUGUGACAGUCAAUUGUAUAAGUAUUUAAUAAAAGCAAAGACAUAGUAGAAUACAAACAAUUAGCUGCAACUUGCAACUAGUCAUAGGGAUUUUUUCUAAAAACAGGUUCCACUUUUUUCCCUAAACCUGAUGAACAAAUAACAGCAGCAUUAACAUUUUAAUCUGUUAACGUAAAUAUAAAACACAUCUAUACAUUUCACUUAUUACCUUAAAAACGUGUGACAACAUGCAAGGGUUCACAAGAACAGACUUUUCUUUUUAGGCUCUGCUUUUUAACUGAUGAACAAACAAACAGGAGCAAAUUAAAAUGUAUUAUUAUGAAUAUCAUUUAAUCAGAGAAUUAAUCUAUUAUUGUAUUUUUUGGUUUUGUAUUCCAAAAACUAAAACCAUACAUCAGUUAAAACACAAAUUUUUAUACACAACAAUAAUUUUUGAUCGUGCUGUUUUAAUUAUUUAUCGUGCUGUUAUAAAUUAAAUAAAAAAAAAUAAAAGAAUUUA